CACUCGGCAUCCCGGAAGAUUCCAGUAGGCGCGGACACACCAACGCAACCGUCGCCAACGCCGCCGCCUCCGCCCGGCUCGGGUCGGAAACUCGGAACCCGGCGCGUCCGAUCGAAGCUUCCGACCUCCUCGCCCGCGCCGACCCGGCCACGUCACCACCACCCGGUGCAAUAAGACCCUGGUCGGCGAGCGAGUUCGAGGCAAACGGCGCCCCCAUUCGAAAAUCAAAAUCUCUUCCUCGCCUCUCUCUCUGCUCUCUGCUCUCCUCGCCUUCCUCUCUCGCCAGUUGCUCCGCGUCCUCGCUCGAGUGCGCGGCGAUCCAUCCGGGAGGGAGAGACGGUGACGGCGCGGGUUGAAGUUGAACUCAGCGGCGGGUGGGAUGGUUUCCUUCGAGAUGAGUGAACUCAAGAAGAUUGGGCUGGGCUUAUCUGGGUUCGGAGUUCUGUUCUCGUUUCUUGGGAUCAUCAUGCUGUUUGACAAGGGGUUCCUUGCAAUAGGAAACAUUCUGUUUGUGUCUGGUGUUUCACUGACCAUUGGACCGAAGUCAACCGUGCAGUUCUUCACCAAGCCUAAGAAUCACAAGGGCUCGAUUGCUUUUGGAAUUGGCUUCUUCCUGGUCCUUAUUGGUUGGCCGUUCUUUGGCAUGCUGGCAGAGGCAUACGGCUUCGUCAAGCUCUUCAGAGGCUUCUGGCCAACUGCUGCUGUUUACCUGCAAAAGAGCCCCACCUUCGGUUGGAUAUUCCACCACCCUCUUGUGACUUCGCUGAUCACUAGGUUCAGGGGAAGACGAGUCCCGGUGUGAUCGUCGCUUUGCUGCUGGAGCUGGAUCACUCCAAGGGAUGCCGGGUCACCUCCAAAGAAACUUAGAGCGAUACAUGCGGUUUUUUCUGGUUAGCUUGUGAUUCGUUGGUGCUGCUGGUAUGUGAAUCUUGUGUCUCUGCUACCAGUACCCUGCCUCAAAGACCUCGUUACUACGCUCGCCAGUUGCCCAGUUGUUCGUAGAAACUAGAAAGACUUUCUUGCUUGUUAAUGGGUAGAGAGGGUAGUCAUCGUACAUAUGGCUAUGCUCAUUGCACGAUUGGUUGAUUGCUAGUAAUUGAUUUGUAGGUCAUCCUACGGGAAUAUUACUGAGUAGCAAAAGCUUUCAGUUCCGGUGCUACGUAUGACGUUCAUGUUUUUACCUUAUGACGUUCAUAUUUUUACUGUUCAUGUUUUUACCAAAUGACUUUUAGUAGAAUCAUAUUUUUACCAUA